GUCGCUUCCGACACGCUUUUGACCGAAAACAAAACCAUAUCGCGAAUGAACAUUUGUAGACUAACAGCUGUUAGAUCCUUAGUCAAAUUGCUAUCAGUUAAUCUCAGUCCUGCUCCUAUUAACCACAUCAGGAGUUCGCCUGUGAUAUCUUUGCUUACAAGUCGAACAUUCAUCCAAAUUAGAAGCAUGUCGGUUACCGGUAACCUGUUGUCCUGGAAAAUAACAGCAGACGAUAUAAAGGCAUCUGCCGACGAACUCAUUGUGAAAACAAAAGCUGCAUACGAUGCCGUGGGGCUGUUGAAAACGGAAGAAAUCAAUUAUGGGAACGUCGUUAAGGCACUUGCAGACAAUGACUGUCAGUACUCUGUGAAGAGGAAUAACCUGGACUUUGUUCAGCAUGUGUAUGCCGAUAAAGGACUCCGGGAUGUCAGUGUGGAAGCAGAUAAAAAACUGUCUGAGUUUGAAGUAGAAAUGAGCAUGAGGCAGGAUGUUUUUGAUGCCAUUGUGGCUUUCCAGAAGAACAACAAGGGUGAAAUUAGUGCUGAAGCCAAGAGAUACUUAGAAAGACUCAUCAAGUUAGGAAGGAGGAAUGGUCUGCAUCUUCCAAAGGAUGUCCAAGACCGCAUCAAGGCGCUGAAGAAGAGAAUGAGUGACCUGGGAAUUGACUUCAGCAAGAAUCUAAAUGAGGAAAACACCAUUCUAGAGUUCCCAGAGGAGGAGCUAGUCGGGCUGCCUGAUGACUUCCUGAAAGCUUUAGAGAAGACUGAGAGUGGGUUGUACAAGGUGUCUCUCAAGUACCCCCACUAUUUCCCAUGCAUGAAGAAAGCCAGGAACCCAGACACAAGGAGAAAGAUGGAAACAGCAUUUAAUUCCAGAUGUUUGAAGGAGAACACCCCGAUCCUGGAGGAGCUGGUCAAGCUGAGGCAUGAGAAAGCCAAACUCCUUGGCUUCCCAACCCACUCUGCCUUCAUCUUAGACAUGCGUAUGGCCAAGACGCCAGAGGCUGUCGACACAUUCCUGAAAGAUCUCACACAAAAGCUGCAACCUCUCCGCAAGGGAGAGAUGGAGGACUUCCUCAAUUUCAAGAAAGAAGAGUGUGCGACAUAUGGCUAUGAAUAUGAUGGUAAGAUCAACUACUGGGACUUCCGCUACUACAUGACCAUGGUGGAGGAGAAAAAGUAUGCAGUGGAUCACAACAAGCUGAAGGAGUACUUCCCCAUGGAGACAGUCACCAAGGGCCUCCUGGAAAUAUACCAGGAACUACUAGGACUUAAGUUUUCACAAAUCAAAGAUCCUGAAGUCUGGUUUGAAGAUGUCACCAUGUACAGUGUGACCGACGCCAAGACAGAGGAGCUACUGGGCUACUUCUAUCUGGACCUGUAUCCACGGGAAGGGAAAUAUGGCCAUGCUGCUUGCUUCGGUCUGCAGCCUGGUUGUUUGCUGCCAAACGGAUCUCGCCAGAUAUCUAUAGCUGCCAUGGUGGCCAACUUUACCAAGUCCACUGCAGACCAGCCGUCCCUACUUACCCAUGAUGAGGUUGAGACAUAUUUCCAUGAGUUUGGCCACGUCAUGCAUCAGAUCUGUGCACGGGCAAACUUUGCUUUGUUCAGUGGUACCCAUGUGGAGCGAGACUUUGUGGAGGCGCCCUCCCAGAUGCUGGAGAACUGGUGCUGGGAGCAAGAACCCUUGUGUCGCAUGUCUGGCCACUACAAGGACAGCACAGCCAUUCCAGAUGACCUCCUUAAAAAACUCACCAAGAGCCGGAUUGCCAAUGCUGGUCUGUUCAACCUCCGGCAGAUUCUCCUUGGGACGUUCGACCAGACCAUACACACACUGCCCGAGGCUGAUACAGCAAAGAUAUUCUUCAAGCUCUCUGAGGAGAUUCUGGGCAUCGUCCCAACUCCAGGAACCAAUAUGCCCGCUGCCUUUGGUCAUUUAGCUGGAGGGUAUGAUGCUCAAUACUACGGCUAUCUGUGGAGUGAGGUAUUCUGCAUGGACAUGUUCUACUCGCGGUUCAGGAAGGAGGGAAUCAUGAAUCCAGAUGUCGGCCGUAGCUACCGAAACUGCAUCCUUGCACCUGGAGGGUCGGUGGACGGGGCAGACAUGCUGAAGAACUUCCUGGGCCGUGACCCCAAACCAAUAGCCUUUCUGGAGAGCAAGGGGCUGAAGGCAUAGACUUGUGUCCCCAGCAUGAUGAUAGCUGAGUCUGUGUACAUAGGAACAGUGUGUACAUGUUAGUGUCACGCGUGUACAGAGACGAUACCAGCAUUGUACAAAAGCAGCUAUUUUCUUUUCUAAUGACUAAAAUAAAGAUUAAGGGGAAAUUUAAAAUUCAAGGGUAUGAGUAUCAGACAACUAACAGGCUGAAGUCAGUACAAUUGCAAAGCUCGAUCAGAGUGACCAGGCUAGAAGUGAGGAGCCAGCUUUAGAUGGUAUGAAUGGGAUAGAAGGAUGCAGCAUAUACUGACACACGGUUGCCAGGGUUAGGGAUGGGGUAGGACUCUCUGAUUUACAAUAAGUUAGUGGUCAAAAUAUAAACUACAAUUCUGAAAAUAAUUGUUUUCUUAAGUGAUCCCCUAAAACAGAAGAAAUAUAGAAAAUUUUGAGUGAAGGAUAUUUUGUGGAGGAAUAUGUCAGAGGGGCACUUCACUUCUUCUCUGUCGUACUUUAGUUUUAACUGAAAUUAUUUAACAGAGCUGGUUGCAGGAAA